AUGUCGGACUUCGCUGCAUUCAGACUCACCGGGUUGUACGCAGCGUGGCGACUGCCUGCCAAAGACACUCCCAGUGGCCACACGCCCUCCGUGCGUUGCCGGACGCCGACGGCGACCUGGGCAACGAGCUGCUGGCAAAUGCGAAUGCGGGAGGGAAGGCUGCCAUUGGACGACGUGGCCUUCGCCACUGUCAUCGAUGCAACGGUGUCGGGCGGCGUUACCUGGAGAGUGGCGCUGCAACUGCUGCAGGAAGAGCAGGAGUUGCGGAUUCAGGUGCCGUGA